CUACAGUGCUGCCUGCUCAAUGGUGCUCACGCUCGAUUGCUUGCGCCUGCGCUCUGUGUGCCGCUGCCCUGCCUGCUAUUGUGCGACCAGCUAAAGAAGUGAAACACUCUAGUAGUGACACGAGUUAAACAGGGACAUGGACCGGCUAGCGCCGUUCGGAGCCGAUCCUUUUGACAAGCCACCAUGCAGGAGUUGCUCAUCGUAUCUGACAGAACCUUACAUUAAAUGCGCCGAGUGUGGCCCGACACCUGUCCUCCUGUGCCUACAGUGUUUCACAAGAGGAUUUGAAUACAAAAACCACCUGAGUGACCACAAGUAUGAAAUCAUGACUUCAGAUUUCCCUGUUCUAGAUCCUAACUGGACCGCUCAUGAAGAAGUUACAUUGUUGGAGGCAGUUAUGGAUUGUGGUUUUGGGAACUGGCAGGAUGUGGCCAAUCAGAUGCGGACAAAGAGUAAAGAGGACUGCGAGAGUCACUAUAUGAAACAUUUUAUUAACAAUCCCCUUUUCUCCUCCACGUUGCUGAGCUUGAAGCAAAUGGAGCAAGCUAGAACAGCAGACACUGCCAUUCCCUUCAAACCCGCUGAUGAUCCUCCAAGACCUGCAUUUGAUUCAUUACUCUCCCGAGAUAUGGCUGGAUACAUGCCUGCUCGAGCAGAUUUUGUUGAGGAGUUUGACAAUUAUGCAGAGUGGGAUUUAAGAGAUAUUGACUUUGUUGACGAUGACUCUGACAUUCUUCACGCCUUAAAGAUUGCAGUUGUAGAUAUAUACCAUUCACGCCUUAAGGAAAGACAAAGGAGGAAAAAAAUUAUUCGUGACCAUGGAUUAAUAAACUUGAGGAAAUUUCAGAUUUUGGAAAGAAGAUAUCCAAAAGAGGUUCAGGACAUGUAUGACAGUAUGAGGCAUUUUGCACGAAUCCUUGGACCAGUCGAACACAGCAAAUUCAUUGAGAGUCAUGCACUUGAAUUUGAGCUUCGCCGAGAAAUUAAGAAACUUCAGGAAUAUCGAAGAAUGGGAAUCCAGACUUUCUGUAGUGCAAAAGUGUUUGAUCGGUUGUCAAGGUCACGGGAGGAAGAAAAAAGGAAGCGUAGUAUGUUGUCAGAAGUACUGCAGUACAUCCAGGAUGGGGGUGCCUGCCAAAGAUGGCUGUGCAAGCAGGCUGCUAUUGACUCAGGUCUCAGCCCAGCCUCAUCCGUAAUCUCCAGCUCAGCAACUGGGAGACGCCAUGCUCCACCCUUGAACCUCACUGGUUUGCCUGGGACUGAUAAGCUCAAUGACAAGGAAAAAGAGCUUUGUCAAGUGGUCCGCUUGGUCCCAGGUGCAUAUCUGGAAUACAAGGCUGCCUUGGUCAAUGAAUGUCGUCGUCAAGGUGGUCUGCGUCUUGCACAGGCCCGAUCCCUGAUUAAGAUUGAUGUGAACAAGACCAGAAAGAUCUAUGACUUUCUACUUAAAGAAGGCUACAUUAGCAAAGCCUAACUAUUUAACUUGAUAGAUAGAACUCAUCAUAAACUGACAAACCGUGUACAUACUAUGGGGUCUUUUUUCUAAAAGGAACCAAAGUGGAACUUUAAAGAGUUAGCAAAAUGAUGCUGCUACUCCAGCAGGGAUUGAUACGAUAAGCGUUAGCCUCUCUGUCAUUCUAGUCCCUCUGUUUCCUGGAGUUCUUUCCUGUAUAUUUAAAUUACUCCUAAAUUGUGCACAGAGCCUCAGUACUGUAGUUGUGUCUUGCUAUAUUUGCACAAAGCUUACCAAAUCACACAGAAUAUAAGUGACUUUGCUGUGUUUACAGCUAGUUAAACAAAGGAGCAUAUCUUUUAGUUUAAAUAAUUAAAGAUUAACUUUGAAAUGGCAUUUAACAGUUUUGUAAUUUGGCUAAAUGAAUACAUGUGACUGCUAUCACCCACA